AUGGUGCUGGAGCACAGAAACGCCGAAAAGAAAUACAAGGAAGAUGCAAAACCUGCUAAUAUUUUAGUUAUGGGUGAAGGUCCUGAGCGAGGAAGAGUAAAAAUUGCUGACAUGGGCUUUGCCCGAUUAUUUAAUUCACCUCUGAAGCCUUUAGCAGACUUGGAUCCAGUAGUUGUAACGUUCUGGUAUCGAGCUCCAGAGUUGCUUCUUGGAGCAAGGCAUUAUACCAAAGCUAUUGAUAUUUGGGCCAUAGGGUGUAUAUUUGCAGAGCUGCUAACAUCAGAGCCAAUAUUCCAUUGUCGACAAGAAGAUAUCAAAACUAGUAAUCCUUAUCACCAUGACCAGCUGGACAGAAUAUUCAAUGUAAUGGGAUUUCCUGCAGAUAAAGAUUGGGAAGACAUAAAAAAGAUGCCUGAACAUUCAACUUUAAUGAAAGAUUUCCGGAGAAACACGUAUACCAACUGCAGCCUUAUCAAAUAUAUGGAAAAACAUAAAGUUAAACCAGAUAGUAAAGCAUUUCACUUGCUUCAGAAAUUGCUCACUAUGGAUCCAAUAAAGAGAAUUACCUCAGAACAGGCUAUGCAGGAUCCCUAUUUCUUAGAAGAUCCUCUUCCCACAUCCGAUGUUUUUGCAGGUUGUCAAAUCCCUUACCCAAAACGAGAAUUUUUAACAGAAGAAGAACCAGAUGAUAAAGGAGACAAAAAGAACCAGCAGCAGCAGCAGGGCAAUAACCAUACUAAUGGAACUGGUCAUCCAGGGAACCAAGACAACAGUCACACACAGGGACCCCCACUGAAAAAAGUGAGAGUUGUUCCUCCUACCACUACCUCAGGUGGACUUAUUAUGACCUCAGACUAUCAGCGUUCCAACCCCCAUGCUGCCUACCCCAACCCUGGACCAAGCACAUCACAGCCACAGAGCAGCAUAGGAUAUUCAACUACCUCCCAGCAGCCGCCACAGUACUCGCACCAGACACAUCGGUACUGAGCUGCGUCCCAAUAACGUCAAUGCACUGUUGCUAAUGCUGCAGGACCGGCCGCGCAGCUGCCUGCCUGGAACCCGGCUUGGGCCACGAGAAUGUACUGUAAAACCACACCUCCAACCUGUCCGGUCGCCACGAUCCACCCCCUUCCACAGAGCGGAGUAGUGGCUCCCAAAUUGUACCUGUUUUUGGGGUUAGACUUGAAAAGAAAGUGCUAGCACAGUUUGUGUUGUGGAUAUGCUACUUCCAUAGUUUACUUGACAUGGUUCAGACUGACCGAUGCAUUUUUUUUCAGUGACAGUCUGUAGCAGUUGAAGCUGUGAAAUGUGCUAGGGGCAAGCCUUUUUGUUGUCGUAUGUGGUGAAUUCUCUUGAUGUAACAACUUUAUCUGACCAAUAGUACACAACAUCUUUGAACUGGUACUUGAAACAUACAGUAUAUGUUACCAUGGCAAAAAAAAGCAAACUAACCGUGACUCCGAUUGAGACAGUUUUGAUAGACAUUUAUUUUUAGUGACUUUUGUGGGUUGGUUCAUUUUCCACCUAGAUCAAUGUUUUAUGACCGCCACGAUCGCUACAAUGAGGGUUUUUUUAAGAACAUGAAAACGUUCGCAUUUUUUCCAGCAAUUACAAAUGUCCCAAAGAUUAAUUUGCAACAUAAGUUUUUGUUUUUAAAUCUAUGACUUGACUGGUAUUAAAGCUGCUAUUUGAUAGUAAAAUAAGUAUGUUGUCAUUGAUAUAAACAUGUUUGGUUCAGCAAACAAACUAAAAUGAUUGUCAUAGUGUUUUAUUUUUUUUUUUCCUGUUGGUGUUAAUGAUUUGUGAGCAUGCUUUGGGAUUAAAAAAGCAUGAGUGAUAUUUCCUAAAAAGGUGCGGCAUCCAUUCAGAUAUUUCAUCAUGAUUUUUGAGAACCAGCUUGGUGUAGUGGAUUUUAAAUUUUGUUCAGUUAAUUAUUUUUUUUUAAAUGUUCGCACGUUGUUUAGGGGUGCCAUUCCUACCGCAGAGGAUCAAGGUGUUAGGAGAGCCUUAGAAUUUAUGAGGAAAAACUUACAUACAAUGUACUGUAUCAAACUAUUUUACAUGAAUGACACAAGUAUUCUGAAUAAAAAAAGAAAUCAAACAUUGUUAAAACAAGGUGUUAUGUAAUAAAUUUAUUUUUCAUAAAUCUGCA